AGGUGGGGUCGAGGUCAGCGAGCCUCACACACCCCCAACACCAGCCCAGGACUGUGUUUCUCAGUCCACACGCUCCCGUCCAGCCACGAUGACCUACCCAUUCAGGUUGUACGUGACGUUGUUCGCCUCGACGUGGUGGCUGCUGACGACGACGGCGGCGGAAGAUAACACAAAUACCACUAAACCAGAGACCAGAGUGUGGAGUCCGGGCCGCAUCACGCAAGUAACGCUUGCCGUGGUAGAGUCGACGCUCCUUACGUUAAUGUUGGUCUUUCCGCAAGUGAUGGACCCUAUCGUCUCCUUCAUCAACAAACACGUUGGUGGUAGUGGGUCGAGACGUCGGAGGGACGUGAGGGCGGUGGUGACGGAGCAGGCGGCGGCCAUCCACAACCUUCUCCUGGACGCAAUAGAUCAGUUCGAGGACAUGGACAACACCCUCGCUAUGGUUCCACAGUAGUGCCACCUGCACCCAUAAUGCGGGAAUUGUAAAGGCCUAGAUCUUGCAGGCCUUCUCUUUAAAAACUCUCCCCUUCUAGAGCAACUUCUAGUUCCCUCUAGAAGUUGCUCUAGGUCAGUGGUUCCGUGGCAUCCAAUUUUAUAAUAAAGUACCAGAACACGCAUAAUGUCUAGCAUGAACUCUUAACCAAACUCGCUGGAAAGAGGAUGCCUUGUAACCACCUAUAACAGUAAAUAAAGGUACAAUGUUAAA